AUGAAGACGCAGAGUUUCUCCACCCCCGGUCCUAUUUCAUCUCCAAAGAUCGCUCUGCGCAAGGAGAUGUCGCAGAAUAGCACACCGAACACCCUUCCGAGCGUACGCAUGCUAUCUCCACCGGGAGCUCCACAUCAACGCCGAUUCCUUCGCCCAGAAGUAGCCCCGCAAUCAGACGGAGCAUUCAGAACUUCCCAUAACCUAAGGGGUAGAUCAACUGGCAGAAUGUGCAUUCCAAGACCACGUCAAGGACAGAAUAGCAGAAACAUACGCUCUCGUUCACCCCCAAGAGACCGUGUGCCUGUAUACCGGAACCGAUCCCUGGUAAAUGACCGUCUGUUUGGCGGACGAGCGACUCAACGAUCAUCACUGGGACCUUUCUUGAUCGAAUCCAUUGAGAAAGACACAGUUAUGAACAACGUACAGCCUUCCAGCUCACACGAUAUGAAUGAGCGAUUUCAGAGUGUGCUAUCCCUUGCAGACACAGAGCGCAAGGAGCAAGCUACUAGGAGUAAAAUUUCUGGACUACCAAGCAGCAAGAGCUUGCACACAAAGUCUAAAGAGAUAGAAUCAGGUAGCUUUAAAAAGUCAUCCGAGGAUUCCAGUGACGAGGAGGAUAGAUUCUGGGCAAAGAAAUCUUCAAAGUAA